UCUCCUUCUUCUUCUCGCCGUUGCUCCCAACCGCGAUUCGGAUACGCGCAAAGCGAGAAGAAGACGAACCAAGUCAAGGGGCAAGGAGACGAGUUUCCAAAGCUUCGGAAGUCGCCUCGAUCCGGCGACAUGGUCUGCCUCGCCUGCUUGCUGCCCCUCUUCUUGAUCCCCGUCGUCAACGCCCUCCCGCUGCUCGUCGAUCUCAUCAUCAGCAAGAUAUAUCGGCUAUUUGGAUGGGAAUACAGGAGACCUGAAAGAGCCCCGCCUGCUUGCCCAUUUAAGCCUGCGGCAGCAAAGAAGAUCGAUGAAGGUGCAAGUGAAUCAAAACCUCUGGUUGAACCCCAAACCGCUACUCCGGCAGAAGGCAAGAAAGAGGAUUAGUGUUGUCGGUCGAUGACCAGCGAUUGAAACAGGAGUGUCGUGUCACUGUUUGUGAUGGUAGCUAAGAAAUAAUUGUUAUAUGAGUGAAAAUACAUAUGUUUGGGCAGUGACUGUUGAUUCCCUCUUCCAUCAUGUACCCAAAACGUCGGUGAUAGUGGUACGCUGCUAACUGCUGCUAGUAGUAGUAGUAGUAGCAGCAAUCGUGUUAUUGCAAAUUGCGACACGUUUCCAGUUCAUAUAUCAUUCAUGACAUUUCUUA